GGCUCCUCUCCCUGAAUCCUUUAGCUGCAACAAUAACCGCUGCUUCGCUGCAAGAUCGUGUUACUGCUUCUACCUCCGCCGCGUCGACAAUGGCCGAGACAGAGACGCCACGAAUCGCCGGAUGCUUGGACCGGUGGAAGAAAGACGGGGCCGACGAGGCCGUGGCGGCGGUCAUGGCGCUCGCCGACGCCGUCCGGUCCAGCAAGGCCGACACCAUGGCGGGGCUCCUAGCCGAGGUCAAGGCGGCCGCGGAGGAACUCAAGUGUCUAGAUAGCGAGCCGUACGGCGCGCUCUCGGCGGCCUGCGACAUGUUCGUCCGGUACAUGCGUCGCGGCGGCGCCGUCGCCGAUGAUCAGCCAGCCCAGUUCCCCGCCCUCAAACGCCGCCUGGUCAGCCGUGCCAUCAGAUUCGGGGACAUCUGCCGAGGCGCGCGCGGGGCCAUCGCGACGCUCUGCCAGGACUUCUUGCUGGACGGCUGCACCGUGCUGGUGCACGGCUACUCGCCGCCCGUGCUCGACGCUCUCCGGCUGGCCGGCACCAGCGGCAAGCGCCUCCUGGUCCUAUGCACCGAGGGUAGGCCGGACGGCGCGGGGCUGAGGCUGGCCGGGGAGCUCGCAGCGGCCGGGGUACCGGCGACGGUCCUGCUCGACUCGGCGGUGGCCUACUCAAUGGCCCAGGUCGACGUGGUGCUGGUAGGCGCUGACUUGGUCACCGAGACGGGCGGCGUGGUCGGCGCCGUUGGCACGUACCAGGUCGCCCUGGUGGCUCGCGCCAUGGGCAAGCCUGUCUAUGUGGCAGCAGAGAGCUACAAGUUCGCAAGGCUGUAUCCGCUGGGACAGAAAGACAUCGAGCAGCGCGGUGGCCGAGCCGUGGACUUCGGCGACGUGCCAGUGCCGGCCGGCGUGGACGUCGAGGCGCCGGCGAGGGACUACACCCAGUCGAAGUACCUGGAGCUUCUGAUCACGGACCUCGGCGUGCUACCGCCGGCGGCCGUUGGAGACGUGCUCCUCCAGCUCUCCAUGUAA